CUCCUCGUCUUUCUGGUCGCCAGUCCCUUCUCGCCCUUCAGUCAGUCAGUGAGUCAGUCAGCGUGGUGUUGGGAGAACUUUCCUCCUCUCUCUGCAGGUUGUGUCGAACUGAAGCUCCUCGUUGUCUUUGCGUCUUUACGCGCAGAGCAUCCAGUUGCGCGCCCGGCACCGUAGACGCGCUGUCCUCUCUGGGUGUCCCGCUCGGUGCCCCGCGGCCAUGGACGACGACUUCCUCUCUAACUUACCUCCAGACUCCGAGGCUCUGAGCCCCAACUCCACCGAGGAGCCCGGCUGGUGGCCGCCGUCGGACGGCGGGGAGACGGUCCACUUCGCCGUGCGCUUCGUCAUGACCUCGGUAUACUCCGUGAUCAUCACCGUGGGUCUGCUGGGCAACAUCACCCUGGUGAAGAUCUUCAUCACCAACAGCGCCAUGCGCAGCGUGCCCAACAUCUUCAUCUCCAGCCUGGCGGCGGGAGACCUGCUGCUGCUCGUCACCUGCGUGCCGGUGGACGCCUUCCGCUACUUCUCCGAGGAGUGGGUGUUCGGCGAGGCGGCGUGCAAACUCAUCCCCGUCAUCCAGCUCACCUCGGUCGGCGUGUCCGUGUUCACACUGACGGCGCUCAGCGCGGACAGAUACAAGGCCAUAGUGAACCCGAUGGACAUCCAGACGUCCAGCGCUGUCUUCUGGACGUGUCUGAAGGCUGUUUCUAUCUGGCUGCUGUCCGUCCUGCUGGCUGUCCCUGAAGCCAUUUUCUCUCAAGUUGUCACCAUGCAUGGUCACAGAGACAACACUAACGUCACCUUUGUGAACUGCGUGCCGUACCCGCUGUCCAAUCAGAUGCAUCCCAAGAUCCACUCUGUGAUGAUCUUCCUGGUUUACUUCUUGAUCCCUUUGGCCAUCAUCUCAGUGUAUUACUACCACAUCGCCCGCACUCUGAUGAAGAGCGCUCACGACAUGCCGGGGGAAGUCAGCGAGCACACCAAGAGACAGAUGGAGACCAGGAAGCGUCUGGCCAAGAUCGUGUUGGUGUUCGUGGGCCUGUUUGCCCUGUGCUGGUUUCCCAACCACGUCCUCUACAUGUACCGCUCCUUCCACUACCACCAGAUGGAUCUGUCGCUGGCUCACCUCGUCAUCACCCUGCUGGCCCGAGUCCUCAGCUUCUCCUCGUCCUGCGUCAACCCGUUCGCCCUCUACCUGCUCAGCGAGAGCUUCCGCAGACACUUCAACAGCCAGCUGCGAUGUGGUCGAGGUCCCCGCCCUGAGCGCCAAGCCAGCUACCUGCAUAGCACCUCCCACAUUCGCCUCACCUCCAUCAAGAAGACCACGCCCACCGCCGCCAUCACUGCUCCAGCAGCCAACGGCAGCUCCAACAGACAGGAGGUGGCUCUGUGAAGAGGGAGGCCGCGAGUCCAGGUGACCAGCUUCACCAGAACAGACAUCAUGCAGCGAUGAGA